GUUUUCGAGAGCGAGACGCGUCUGCGGCCACCCCCUUCUUUCGCGCUCUCUCCUUAAACGACCCCUUCUCUUAACACAAGAUGCAGGCCGGCGGACAGACACCGAUUUUUGUGAUGAACACCGCGCCCGAGAGGCAGUCGGGACGGAAAGCUCAGAUUUCCAACAUCACCGCUGGGAAGACCGUCGCGGAUGUCAUCCGAACAUGCCUGGGACCAAAAGCCAUGCUCAAGAUGAUUUUGGACCCUAUGGGAGGUAUUCUGUUGACGAAUGACGGUAACGCCAUCUUGCGGGAGAUCGACGUUGCGCACCCGGCAGCAAAGAAUAUGAUCGAGCUUAGUCGGACGCAGGACGAGGAGUGCGGCGACGGUACUACGAGUGUCAUCAUCCUUGCCGGCGAGAUCCUCGCACAGUCGUUGUCUCAGCUCGAGCGCGACAUCCACCCUGUGGUCAUUAUCUCUGCGUACAAUAAAGCCCUCAAGGAGGCCCUCGAGAUCAUCAGAAAGAUCUCCAUCCCCAUUGACACGAAUGACGACGCGCAGAUGCUCUCGCUCAUCAAGACCUCCAUCGGGACGAAGUUUGUCAUGCGCUGGUCCGACCUCAUGUGCAAGCUCGCGCUGCAGGCGGUCCGUACGGUAGCCAUGGAGGAAGGUUCCGCAAAGACCGUCGACAUCAAGCGGUACGCGCGUGUCGAGAAGAUCCCCGGCGGCGAGAUCGAGGACAGCAAGGUCCUCAGCGGGAUCAUGGUCAACAAGGACAUCACGCACCCGAAGAUGCGCCGGCGGAUCGAGAACCCAAGGAUCGUCCUGCUGGAUUGCCCGCUUGAAUACAAGAAGGGCGAGUCGCAGACGAACAUUGAGAUCUCGAAGGCGGCGGACUGGAGCAGGAUACAGGAGAUUGAGGAGGAGCAGGUCAAGGCGAUGGUGGACAAAAUUCUUGAGUUCAAACCUGACAUCGUCAUUACCGAGAAGGGCGUCUCCGAUUACGCACAACACUUCUUGUUCAAGGCGAACGUUUCCGCCCUCCGACGAGUACGGAAGUCCGACAACAACCGCAUCGCGCGAGCCGUCGGCGCCACCAUCGUCAACCGCGUGGAGGACCUGCGCGAGUCCGACGUCGGCACGAAGUGCGGGCUCUUCAACAUCGAGAAGAUAGGCGACGAGUACUUCACCUUCCUUACCGAGUGCUCGACGCCGAAGGCGUGCACGAUCCUCCUCCGUGGCCCGUCAAAAGACAUCCUCAAUGAGAUCGACCGCAACCUUGCGGAUGCGAUGUCCGUGGCGCGAAACGUGUUUUUCAACCCGAUCCUCGCCCCCGGCGGCGGUGCGACGGAGAUGGCGAUCAGCGUCGGCCUGCAUGCGAAGGCGAGGAGCAUCACUGGCGUGGAGAACGGCCCGUUCCGUGCGGUCGCGGAUGCGCUGGAAGUGAUUCCGCGGACGUUGGUGCAGAACAGCGGAGGCAACGCCAUCCGGGUACUCACUGAGCUUCGGGCGAAGCACGCCAACGGUGAGCACUCGUGGGGUAUCGACGGCGAGACAGGGAAGACCGUGGACAUGAAAUCUUACGGACUGUACGAGUCUGCCAGCGUCAAGAUCCAAAUCCUCAAAACGGCUGUGGAAGCUGCGCGUGUGCUCCUGCGUGUCGACGAUGUCGUGCAAGCAACGCGAAAGGAGAGAGAAAGCGGUGGCGGAGGUGCACCUGCUGAGGAAAUGAUGCCGGAGUAAAGACCUUGCGUAGUAAAUGAUUAAUGUGUACUAGGUGCUCAGAAGUACGUGCUUCCUUUGGCUUCAUUCCUAUGCACUGUUGGUGCAUCACGACCGCUGUGCGCUAGCCCCGGAACCUCCCCGGGGAAAUGAAGUCUGUCGGGACCGAGCCACUUGUGGAACCAGUGAACAGAGUUACUGACUAUUCUUGGAGCAUCGAGCUAUUGAUAGGUCCACUCACGACAUGGAUUCACACCGGUUUCCUGAAACUGAUCCCUCG